AUGCGGCAACGAAGGAGAAGGACAUCAAGGGCGAUGGACGAAGAUAGAUUGUCGGCCUUUGCGAUAAUUGAAAAUGGAAAGAUCGAAGUCGAUUGUGUUGUCAGUCAACAAGUCAGUGAAGAAAACGAGAGACAAUGGGGUCAGAGCGGUCCUAGGCAGGGUGCGGGUCUUUCCAAGGAGGACAAGGACGAGACGGGGAAGGGAAUGGCAAAAGGAGGGGAGGGGGAGAGCACCAACAGGAACCAACGGUCCCAAGACGGGCAACCGCUCAAGCUUGACAUUACUUCGUAUGUCCCUUUCAGGCCCGCCAAAGAGGCGAGGAAAAGCGGGACUGAUUACCGCGAAGCAAAGUUGAGGCACUUAGCAGGUACAUUGUUCAAUGAGUUGCCGUAUUGGGAAUCGACUUUCUCGUUUCGCCUUGAGAACAUGCGCCCAUGUGUCGCACAGGCCUCCCACAAGCACAAGGGCUGCUACGGAGACGGAACAACUAAGAUGCCGGUUGAUCGGCAGGUUGGGAAGGGUUCGGGACCCAUUUUCCCUCUCAAUCAGUUCACAAGCUCCAGUUGA